AACAAAAUCGAAACAGUAAGAAUCGGAAGCGUGACUUUGUUUUGGAGAAGCCGUCAGUAAAAGCUGAAGCGUUUCAAAAGAGGCUUAACCGGCGCAAGAGAGAAGGAGGAAGUCACCUUUGGAAGUUGGGCACAGCACACCGGUUAUACCUGUCAGUCAGAGCUGAGCCCGUGCUUUCAAGAACAUGGCAACAACUGCUGCUGACGGAAACUUAAAACCAUACUUGAGAAAGAAUGGAGUGAAGCGCGAACAUAUCGGGAAAAACGGCUAUCAUAACCACAAGGAGAAAAAUGGCCAGGGGACCGACGUUUCCUCCAGAUGCCACAAGCAUGAGCCCUUUGAGCAGGCUCCCAUGUAUGUUGCCGUGCUAACAUACCUGGGCUUUGGCAUUGUCACCCUGUUUGGCUACCUCAGAGACUUCCUCAGAGCUGUGGGUUUGGAGAAGUGCAACAUUGCCCAGGAAAGAGAGAAACAGAAGGAUUUUGUCCCACUUUAUCAAGAUUUUGAGAACUUUUACACUCGAAACCUGUACAUGAGGGUACGAGACAACUGGAACCGCCCCAUAUGCAGCCUACCAGGACCUGUCUUUGACCUGAUGGAAAGGGUAUCUGAUGACUACAACUGGACAUUCAGGUUUACCGGGAAGACAAUACACAAUGUUAUCAAUAUGGGCUCGUACAACUACCUUGGCUUUGCUGAGAACAAUGCUGAUUUCCUGAAAACUGUGGCAGACAAAGUGCGCCAGUAUGGGGUUGGGGUUUGCAGCACAAGACAGGAAAUAGGCAACCUGAGUAUCCAUGAAGAGCUAGAACAACUUGUGGCCAAUUUCCUUGGAGUCGAGUCCGCUAUGACUUAUGGGAUGGGUUUCGCCACCAACUCAAUGAAUAUUCCAGCACUUGUGGGCAGGGGUUGUUUGAUACUAAGCGAUGAGCUCAAUCACACUUCUCUCAUCUUGGGAGCCAGACUGUCAGGAGCAACCAUCCGAGUGUUCAAACACAACAACAUGCAGAGUCUGGAGAAGAUGCUAAAAGAAGCAGUUUGCUCAGGACAGCCUCGGACCCACAGGCCCUGGAAAAAGAUUCUCAUCGUGGUGGAAGGCAUCUACAGCAUGGAGGGUUCAGUGGUGCUACUGCCUGAAGUCAUCGCUCUGAAGAAGAAAUAUAAAGCGUACCUGUACCUGGAUGAAGCCCACAGCAUCGGAGCAGUGGGCCAAACAGGGAGGGGUGUGACCGAGCUGUUUAAUGUGAACCCGGCUGAUGUGGACGUGAUGAUGGGGACUUUUACAAAGAGCUUCGGGGCGUCUGGAGGCUAUAUCGCAGGGAAAAAGGAACUGGUGGACUACCUGCGGACACAUUCUCACAGUGCAGUAUACGCCACGGCCAUGUCCCCUCCUGCCACUGAGCAGAUAAUACGUGCAAUGAAGUGCAUCAUGGGAAAAGAUGGAAGCACAGAGGGAUUGAGACGGAUUCGCCAACUGGCAGAGAACACCAAAUACUUCAGAUCCAGACUGAAGGAGAUGGGCUUCAUCAUCUACGGCAAUAAUGACUCACCUGUGGUUCCAGUGCUGCUCUACAUGCCAGCCAAAGUGGUGGCUUUUGCGCGAGAAAUGCUGGCGAGAAAAAUCGGAGUAGUUGUGGUCGGCUUUCCAGCAACGCCGAUCACAGAGGCCCGAGCUCGCUUCUGUGUAUCUGCUGCACACACCCGGGAUAUGCUGAACCAGGUGCUCGAUUGUAUGAAUGAGGUGGGAGAUCUUCUCUGCCUGAAGUUCUCGCGGCGGAAAUAUUCCCCUCAGCCCGACCUGUGCGAUGAGACAGACUUCGAGCUGGACAGCUGAUAUGAUCUUUGACCCUUUGACUUCACAGUGUCUAAACUGAGCAAUCAUAAGCACACAGUGAAUUCAUCAGACAGCAGGAGAAGAGCCAAAUAUUUGGCAGCUGUUUGGGUUUUUUUUGUUUUUUAUGUGUGUUAAAUCAUAAUGUUGGACUGUGUAUUCGUUCUUUUUUAAAAGACAAAUGUUUUGAACUCUUGAAAUGCCGUUUCUUUAUGAAUAUAUGUAUAUGUGAAAUGAAUGCACGAGCGUCUUUUGGAUUGGUGUAAAUCUCAAGAUUCUUGAGUUAUUUAUUCGUGGAAGAAAAUCAUAUGUUGUUUUGUUCAUUUUCGAUGUUAACCUCCUCUGCACUGACAUCUGAGGGCAUUUUUAAAGAUUAAAAGAGGGCUCACUUUCUUGCAGAUUUUUUCUAAUUACUUAUGUCUAUAUUUAGACGUUGACGGGUUUUUAUGGAAGCACUUUUUUGCUUCUCUUAAAUUAAUAUUUGAAGUUUUUUAGAGAUGCCAAUGGCAGUAAUAGUUAGAUAGUAAUACACAAUCCUAUUUACUUAUACUUUAAGAAACUAACAAAUCUCCAAACUGCUGUUUCACUAAAUUUUGAGGAUUUUUAUACCCAUUGUUCCCAAAUGCUGUGCACGAAUGCCUUCCAAAUAAUAAAUUCACCUUCCAGAUGGCAUGUUUUCUUUUGUUUUUUUCCAAAGAGUCU